AUGGGAUACAUAAAUGUGUCCGUAUUAUUUGCCCUGGUUGGGGUGUUUGUUACACCGAUGGUGUUGGCAGAUGAUAAUGCACUAAUUCCAGAGACCAAACCUCAAGUGGAGCAGUGGUUCAAAACCAACGUAGCUCCUUUGUCUUCGCGUAAAGGUUUAGAUCCUGCUCUCGUAGCAGCUGAGGCUUCACCACGUACCAUCAACGUGAAUCCAAAGGGAGGUGAAUUCAAAACACUAACCGACGCACUAAAGAGCAUUCCUACAAAGAACACAAAGCGUGUGAUCAUCAAGAUGGCUCCUGGUGAAUACAAAGAGAAGGUCACUAUCGACAAAAAGAAACCCUUUAUUACAUUGAUGGGUGAUCCCAAGGCCAUGCCCGUUCUGACAUUCGACGGUACUGCCGCCCAGUAUGGAACCGUAAAUAGCGCCUCUCUCAUUAUCUUAUCCGAUUAUUUCAUUGCCGAAAACAUCAUCGUUAAGAACUCUGCGCCGGAACCAGAUGGUAAGAGGAAGGGAGCACAGGCCUUAGCUAUGAGAAUCUCUGGAGACAAGGCGGCUUUCUACAACUGCAAAUUCCACGGUUUCCAAGAUACACUUUGUGACGAUGCUGGAAACCAUUUCUUUAAGGAUUGUUACAUUGAAGGGACAUUUGAUUUCAUCUUCGGAAGUGGAACCUCUAUGUAUUUGGAAACACAAUUACACGCGGUGGGAGAUGGUAUUAAAGUGAUUUCAGCGCAUGCGGGAAAGAGCGCAGAAGAGAAGAGCGGAUACACUUUCGUGCACUGCAAGGUAACUGGAAGUGAUGGUGGUGGAAUCUAUUUAGGUAGAUCAUGGAAGAGUCACCCCAAGGUUGUCUACGCCUACACCGAGAUGAGCAGCGUCGUCAACCCAACCGGAUGGCAAGCAAACAAGGUGGCCGCACAUGACAAGACCGUGUUCUACGGAGAGUACAAGUGCAUAGGACCAGGAUCACAUACAGCCAAGAGAGUUCCAUUCACACAAGACAUUGACGACAAUGAAGCUAAACGUUUCCUUUCCCUCGGCUACAUCCAAGGAUCCUCGUGGCUUCUCCCACCUUCCGGCUUUAAGGCUUAAUAUUAAGCUAUUCAAAACUGUAUGUAUAGCGGUGUAUUUUCUUUUCCAACAGUCCUCUCUUCUUAGUUGAGAGGCUUGUGUAAUUUUGGUUUCAUGACAAUAAAAGGGCGGUCCGGGUUCUGUAUAA